AUGAGAUUUAUUAGGCCCCGCCCCACCCCCGUCGGCCCAGUGGCCCAGGCGCGGCGCAGCAGCGUGGCCGGGAGUGUGCCUGUCGUGGCUUGCAGCCUGCACACAGCCUCGGUGCCCUUUGCGUCCUGCCCGAUUCGGCGCUGGCAGCUGUGGGCAGGUGCCGUGCGGUCACUGAGCACUGGGAUGGCUCUGCUCAAAGCGCGUAAAUUCUCAGGGAAACACGAAUGGAUAACAACAGAAAAUGGUAUUGGAACAGUAGGAAUCAGCAACUUUGCACAGGAAGCUUUGGGAGAUGUUGUUUACUAUAGUCUGCCUGAAGUUGGGACAAAAUUGGAAAAGCAAGAUGAGUUCGGUGCUUUGGAAAGCGUGAAAGCUGCCAGUGAACUCUAUUCUCCUCUGUCAGGAGAAGUAACUGAAAUUAAUGAAGCACUUGCAGAAAAUCCAGGGCUUGUCAACCAAUCUUGUUAUGAAGAUGGCUGGCUGAUCAAGAUGACAGUGAGUGACCCUUCAGAACUAGAUGAGCUCAUGAGCGAAGAAGCAUAUAAGAAAUAUGUGAAAUCUAUUGAGGAGUGAAGUGGCACCCAAAAUAAACUAGUGUGAAGUGACUUCUUCUAGCAGUGUCUGCAAAUAGUGGUGGACAGAAGACUUGAGAUAACAACCUUUAGCAGUACUAUAAUGAUGGAAAAGAAAGAAACCACUCUCAUCACUGCUUCUGGACGGAAAGACCUCUUAACUCCCUAGUGAUUGCAGAUAAACACAAUGUGCAUCUUUUUUAUAUAAACUUUAUGAUUUUUAGACUAGGCUGUAGGUUCUGAUAUUCAGAAUUCAUGAAAUUACCCAUGGUAAAAACUAGUUAUGUAAUUCAAGGAUAACACUUGUUAUCAUAAGCCUUACAAAAUACCUAACUUGCUUACAUUUCUCCCUGGAUUUGGGCCAGAAUACUCAAGAGUGUGUCACCUGGACAGUGUCAGAUGAAGAAUGACACUUUCUUAAUUUUGUAACACUGCAUUGGCUGGAGCUGUUUUUAUAGUGAAGCAACAGCUUUGCAGCACAGUAAGAAACAAAAUAUUCAACUACUUUAAAAAAAAAAGAAUAUUAGUGUAGGCUAUGCAGAUUUACUGGUGAGUCAGAAUAGUUUGGAGCUUUCAUUUAUUUAUAUGAAAUAAAACACCUUUCAUUUGAGUACUUACUGAAUUUUAAAACUUGAUUUUUCCAAUUGUCUGUGAUAAUU